UAGGUGGCGAAUUGAACGGUCGCAAAAAAAACGCGUGCUAAGGCAAUUGCUGAAUUUAAUUAAAAUAAAAGGAAAAAAAUUAAAAAAAGUGAAUACAAAGCGAAUUAAUAAUUAAUUAAUAAUAAAUCAGAGAAAAAAAGUGAAAUUUGUGGGUGAAAAAUUAAGUAGAAGAGCAAAAAGCGUGGUGAGUGAAAAUUAAGGUUAGGGCAUAAAUGGCGGGAAGAGGGGCCAGAGGAGUGUACAACACGAGGAGUAGAAGCCAAACAGACAUAAGAAGCUUCGGGAUGUCGGAAGGAAAAAGCAACCAGGAGGAGGCCGCCGCACGAGAUCUGGAAAGAUUGAAUGAUGAAAGUGAAAAAAAUAAUGAAUCAAACGGAAUGGAUGAACUAAAUGAUACGAUAAUAGAUACUGUAGCUGAUGUACAACAAGAAGAGGUGGGAGACAAAGAUGGAGAAAAGGAGGGAAGCGCAAAAAGCGGGAAAAAAAGCGAGAAGUCGGUAAGAAAGGAAAAUGGGGAUGGGACAAGCCAACAAGCAGAAAAAAGUACUGAUAACAAGACCACAGAUGGAGCAGGGGAAAAAAUAACAGGCGCGGAUUUAGAAAAUUUAGCGGAAUACAUACUGGAGGGAAUAAAAUGCGAAAACAGCAGAAAGUCAUUGGAAUGGGAAUUAAAAGUGAGUAACGUGUUAAACGACAUUGUGGAGGCCAGUGUAAUAAGGGAUAAUAUGCUAGUUAGGAAGAUAGAGGAAAUAAAGGAAAAAUGUGAAAAAAAUAUAGAAAGUUGCAGAGACUGCAAAUUAUACCGAGAAAACGAGAAAAAAAUAAAAGAAGAAAUGAAGGCGGAAAAGAUAAGGUGGGAAGAUGAGAAAAUAAUGCUGUCUGAAAGGUGCUUAAAGGCAGAAAAAAGAGUAAGAGAAUUGGAAAGCGAAAAAAUUAGUGAAAGAGAAAAAAAUCGAGAAAAAAGAGAUGUGAACAACAGGAGAAAUUACUACCAUAACGCCGAUUACGUGACAGAAGAACAAACUCAGGAACUACUAAGGAAUCCAAGUCUGAGAAAAGAUGAAGAUAGAAGGGAAAGAUGGAGCAUGGUAACAAGUACUCCGGCAGGGAAAAAUAAAGAAGAGAGGAAUCAGAGGGAGCAAGGAAAAAAUAAAGAAAAAGAAAAGGAACCAAGGCCAUUGACAGAGUGUGAGCUGCGGGAGGAACUAAGAAUGAGACGCAAUAAAAAACAAAUAAUAAGAAUUAAGCAUAAAUGCAGAAAUAAUGAAGAAGCAAUAAGAAUUGUGGAAGAAAAACUAGAUUACAAAGUAGACUGGGGCAUAGUUGGAAGGACCGAGCCAGGAAUGGUCACCUUAAUAUUCAAAAACAUGGAGGAAAAGAAGAAUCUGAUAUUAAAAAAAUGGAAACUGAAAGGAACGGACAUUUUUAUUGACGAUGAAUUAACGGAAAGAGAGAGGGAAGUAGGAAAGUGGCUAAAAGAGUUAGAAAGAAGAGAAAUAGCGAAAGGAAAAAUGGCAAAAGCAGGUUACAUGAAAUUAUGUAUAAAUUACACCUGGAUGUACUGGGAUGAAAAGAAAGGACUGACAGAUAAUCCAACAAGAAGCGGAUGA